AUGUAUUCAAUCUUCAACGACACGAUCAACUCAUCUAUCAACGCAUCAUACUUGUCUACUCAUCAGUCCUUGACCCGCAUCAGAGCGCAUAGCUUCUUCAGAGCGAUGAAGCUUCUCUCCAUCUUGGGGCUGCUAUGCAGCACUGGCUCGGUAGUCUCUGGGUCUCAACUUACACAUCGAGCGCCCAAGUGUCCCAAGCCUGAGGGCAGUACUACGGAUGCUCAGAUAAUUGCAGCGUUCAAGUCCUCUGGACAAUGCUUCAGCUACACUGGCGCUGGCAAUCGCGAGAAGAGUAUUGCUCCCUGUGCCGGCGCUGAUGGCUAUUGCCAGAAGGUCAAAGGGGUAGAGAACGCCGCAGCAGGUUGUGAGCUCUUCGUUCCUGAGGGCGUCAAACUUGAUAAGAGUCUCGCCAACAAGGACGAAGAUUGCAACGAAUGUUACGCCGGGCAAUGCACAUGUGAGUGUGAGUUCUGUGAAGAGAUCGCAGAAAUUGUCAUCGAGGGCCUCGAACAGCUGGACAGUGUUAUUUGCGCUGUGAUGCUUUCUUCCUUAACCUCCAUCGCCGACGCCGGUCUCACGUUCAUCCCCGGCGGCCAAGCACCCAAGGCUAUCAAAGCUAUAGUCCAGGGCGCCAAGUCUUUCUACGAGAAUGGGGCAGAAGCGGCGUCAUUCUUUGGGAGCUGGAUCGGCCCUGCAUGCGGGAUACCGGAUUUCAACUUCGAUAUCACAAUGGUGUUUGGGUCUCUCCUCGGCGCCCCUGACUCCAUGUCGCGUGGAAAACCUGUCGGCUGCAAGAAGAAGAACAAGAACGGAUGCCGCGAUGUUAAGCCAGUCCCCGAUCCCACGACGAAGCCAGACCAGCCCACGGUCAAGCCUACCGACAAGCCGCAGCCUACAACGACACCAAAGCCCGCGACGACACCGAAGCCGGAGACAACAUCAGCGCAUACAACAUCCUCGCCUGCCUCAUCCACGACUGAAGCCGGCGCCGGAUGUGCCUACUGCGGCGAGUUCGGAAAGACAAAGGCAGCUCGUGAUGAGAAGUAUCAACUCAUACGGAUCGAUAACCAAGAGAAGGACCAACUGUCGUCGCGAUCAUUGCUUUUGAAAGGACGUGGCCUUGCCGAGAAGGACACCAAGUUUGAUGGGUUUUUGCUCGGCGGUACGUACGAGGUAACGUUAUCCAUGGGAAAGUAUAUGCAGGGAGCCGAUGCCGAAAAGAUUCCGGAAAUCAGCAAGUUUUGGGCGUACAAAGAUCCACAGAAUACGAAUCAGUGCAGCGUGGAGGUGGUGAAAGAUGCCAACAAGGCAAAUGGAAAGAAAUACGACACCGAACACGUCUUUGAAGCCCAAACUGUCAUGCGGUUUCUGUCCUGGCUGAGCAGUGAUUCUGACGGAAAGCUUGGGACUACAUACAAGAUGCCAUCAGCUGCAUGGGUCGUUGACACGUUUUUGUCAUCCGAAGACAGCAAGACCGAAUUCCUUAUCGUUUCGCCUGGCAAGACCAAUGCUGGCGAUCUCUUCACCCCAUCUUCCGGCGAACGAGGGGGUGCCCUGAUUGCCUACGGAUUCGGAAGAUCCGACGGGGUCAAGUCAAUUUCGGGAGGCCAGAACGUUGAGCGUAUUCCAGCCACUCGAGGCAACAAGAACCUUGCCUUACUGGAAAAGGAGAUCAAUAUGGCCAAGGGGAAGUGGUUUGGCAUGAACAGGGUUGCCAGUGACUACUCCAAGAUGAACACACAGUCUAUAUUCCGAACAGAAAUGCGAAGGGGUGUGGCCCCAUUUCAAUUUUUGGGCGCCAGCGACGGCCAGACGGACACCAUCUGGAAGAAAUGGGCCCGCGUUGCGAACUGGAUAGACCUUGUCAUGUACACUUUCGAUCAACAAUACAAAUGGGGUACGCGCGCUGGCGAGCCCAAAAACUCGAAGGGGGAUCCCUCGAUGCGGUCUCUUUGGGCGUACUGGAUCGACAAGGAGCUUGGCGACAUCGAGGCCCUCGCCGCCGCCUGGGCGACACAGUCCGCAACUGUCUUCGACCAAAAGUUCCCGAAGAACAAGCGAUCCGCGGCCGAGGAGAAGUGGAGGAACGAUGCUUUCGGCACCAAUGGCUUUGCUACUGCAGCUAAGCUCAAGUUUCCCCGCCCGGCCGGUCUCUCAGCCGGCGCCUCGAUUUAUGGUGCCUAUGGCUGGAAAGAUGUCACAUUCGAUGCUUCCAACCAGAACCCGAACAUCGGCGUCCCGGACAAGAUCGUUUAG